CGAUAAGCCACGAUGACAGCAGACGACAGUUUACUAUUACUUAACACACAUCGUAUCGCUGCUAAGACUCAUUACAAAAUUUUUUUAUUAAUUACAUAUUAUUCCGUUACCACAUUAACGCGACGAAUGAAACGAUCGUAAUUAUAUACAGUCGAAAAAUAUUUUCGAUGCUUGAAACGACGAAUUCUUCGUGAAAGUGUUGAGUAUUCGCGAAAACAUCAUACAACAUGGAAGUAUUGGAUCCUAGUGUCUCAAGAGACGACCAGCCUUUGUGCAUCAAUGAUUUUUUGGAAAAAGUUACUGUACCAGACAUACCCCCUGAUACAAAAUCAUGCAUAAAAGCAAGGCAUACAUUAGGCUUUUUAGGAUUUCUAGGAUUUGCACUAGUGUAUGCCAUGAGAGUAAAUUUAUCUGUGGCUAUUGUUUCAAUGGUUAAUCAAACAGCAGUACCACAUAAUGAUGAUAAUAAUACCACAGAUGUUUGUCCUAAGGAAAAACCAAUUAAUGGAACAUUCAUACCAAGUGCAGGAGAAUUUGAUUGGGAUGAGAAGACACAAGGUGUUAUAUUGGGAGCUUUUUUCAUCGGUUAUGUUGCUACAAAUGUCCCAGGUGGAAGAAUGGCAGAGAAAUUUGGUGGAAAGCUAAUAUAUGGAUUGGGAGUAUUUUUAACUGCUGUACUGACUGUAAUUACUCCUUUUGCAGCAUAUAUAGGAUUGAUACCAUUCUUAGCUGUACGAGUAGCAGAAGGAUUUACAGAAGGUGUUACAUUCCCUGCAAUGCAUAGCAUGUUAGCGCAUUGGGUACCCCCUUUAGAAAGAAGCAAAUUUGCUGCUAUAGUAUAUGCAGGUGCAAAUUUUGGAACUGUAAUAUCAUUACCAGUCAGUGGGUGGCUCUGUUCAUUAGAACUUUGGGGUGGAUGGCCCCUUGCAUUUUAUUUAUUUGGAGGGCUUGGUAUCGUGUGGUAUGCAUUUUGGACAAUUUUUGUAUUUGAUACACCUGCACAACAUAAAAAGAUUGAUCCUCUUGAAAGAGCAUACAUUGAAGCUAGUGUGGAAAAGAAGGAUGAGGAUAAUGAUUCAGGAGUUCCUUGGUUAUCAGUAUUUACAUCAUUACCCAUGUGGGCUAUAGCUAUCACUCAGUGUGGACAGUCAUGGUCAUUUUAUACGCUUUUAACAGAAUUACCAACGUAUAUGGAUAAAAUUUUGCAUUUUGAUGUACAACAGGACGCAUUCCUUUCAGCACUGCCUUAUUUAAGUUCUUGGUUAGUCGGACUCGGUAUUUCAAGUUUCGCAGACGCCCUCCUUGCCCGUCAGCUUAUAUCUCCUUUAGCAUCAUUCAAGUUAUGGAAUACAGUGGCUUCAUUAGGACCCAGUCUCAGUUUCAUUGGCGCUAUCUGGGCUGGAUGUGAUCGUAUGAUGGUUAUGAUGAUGCUCGCUGGAUUAGGAUCUCUACAAGGUGCAAUUUAUGCAGGGAAUCAAAUGAAUCAUAUUGCUCUAGCACCACGAUAUGCGGGAACUCUUUAUGGACUUACAAAUGCUGCAGCUAAUGGUUGCGGAUUUUUAGCUCCAUAUUUUAUUGGAAAUAUAGUCCAAGGACAUGAAACACUGGCUCGUUGGCAUACAGUAUUCUGGUUAGCAGCAGGAAUAAAUAUGGUGACCAAUUGUUUUUACUUAAUUUUUGCAUCUGCCUCAGAACAACCAUGGAGUAAAGGUAGCAGUUGAUGACAAAAUUUAGUUAGACACGAAGUAUUUCAUAUGGAGAAUAAUUUACCGUUAGAUCGAAUUGCGCUCAGUUCGUUUUAAUUAUUAUAUUAUCCAUUUCCAUCAUUUAAGCACAAAAUUGCAAUAUUUCUUUCUGCAAUAUUAAGUUUGAUAUAUUUCGCAUUGAAUGAAAUAUUUAAAACAUGAAUAAUUUAUUACAUUGCUUGGUAAAAUGAUACAGAAACUAAAAGUAAAGUUUGUUUGCAUCAGUAUUAUUAUGUUAAUGAAGUUUAGGUACUAAAUCUAUAAUUUACGUAUCAUUCCAAUGAAGCUAUUCACAUGACAAUAUGAGUUUUUAAAAUUUUGUUUGACUUUUUAAUUUAAUUGAAAUGAACAUGAUUUAAAAAAAUAUUGACUUUACUUUAUUUAAUCUUACUACGAAGAAGAGUAAAUUAUUACAGAUAUCUUUUCUCUUUAUAAAAUAAGAAGUAUCAAAAAAUGUCUAGAGUCUAUAUUCUUGUUUAUAUGUAAGAGUUUUAUAUGUACAUAAAAAUAAUGUAAAAAUGAUUGGUAUAGUGCAGGAUGCAACAAUUUUUAAAUGAACAAUUGAAUUUUUCUUUUGCAACUAAAUAUGUAUGUUUCAUACCGAUUGUAGUUAAUUUUUAUACCUUCUGUGGCAAUAGCCAAUAAGAUAAUAUAUAAAUUUAUAAAUUUGUUUAUAAAAAAUAUAAAAAUUUCAACAAAAAUAAUAUAUGAUAUAGCUAUAGUAAGAUUUUACUAACAAUAAGUUGGAAAGCAAAAUAUUUUAUAAAGCUAACUCCUACAAUCAGACUUUAAUAAAAUCAUUAUCUUUUCCAAAAAAUGAUAAUCUGGUACAUUAGUUGUUACAUUAUUUUGUAUAAAAAGAAAAGAAAUAAAAUUUCAAAGAAAUAGUAAAUAUUUAUUAAUAGUAAAAUAUUUACUUACAUAUAUUGUUAAUAAAGAAUUGGUUUUGCAAAAAAUUUUAACAUUAUUUAAAACAAAAUAAUGUGCUACUAUUUGUUAUUUUUUUUAGAUAUAAAUACUGUUACUUACAACUCAUUUUAUUUUAUUCUUUUGAAAGUUUGCUAACUUUUUAUAGAAUAAUUUUCAAGUAAAGUUAAUUUGAUAAAAACAAUUAUAUAAUAAUUCAAAAAUUUAUAUUUGAAUUAUAGAUUAAUUUACAAAAAUUAUUUAAUAUAAUAGGGCUUUACAAAAAAAUAGUAUUUCGUUAAAAAAUUAACAUUAUAUAUGUAUAUAUUAUAUAACUUAUAGACAAUGUGUAAAAUACAGGCAUUUUAUAUAAUUCUUAAGAAAUCUAUAGAAUGUCAUAGAUGGUAUUCUCAAAAUAUUAUCGGUACUACUAUAGCAAAUUUUGUCUAUCUGGGCGACCGUAGCAUUUAACUCAAAUUUAUAUAUACUAUGAACAAAAGAUAACGUAGGUUUCUGUUAGAUGGUAUUUUACCCGGCCACCUUACGGAGAGUGGCAAUCAAUGCUUAAGGAAAAUAUAAAAUAUAUUAAUAUAACACAGACAUUUCAUGCUCAGUCUAAAAACGACACGCAUUCUAUAGAUUUUGUAGGCAUUAUAUGAAAUGCCAGUAAUUUAUAUUGCCGGUAACAUAUAAACAUGUAUAUGCGGCAUAUAAUGAACGAAGAAAAAAAAUUCAACAAUAACUAAUUUAUUUAAACAUCGACUUCUGUUUAUUUUCUUACGCUAUUUUUUAUCGAAAGAUAAAAACAUAAAUUUCAUGCACAAAUAACUUAAAAUAAAAUUGUUCCCGUUAAAAGUUCAUUAAAAGUGUUAAUAUUGUAUUUCUUGGGUUAUUCAUAAAAAUGUAUAAAAUUAUAUUUAAAUAAUGAUAAUAAAGAACAAAAUUAUAUUUAUAAAAUAAAUUAUUCAAUUAGUA